AUUACUGGAGUCUUUCUCUGGAGAAACAUCUCAGAAGCAGAAGACUUUAGCAAAAGUCUCAAUUUGCUCUCUAUUUAAUCUGAUUGAUGUCUAUAGGAGAAAAAAACUGAGUUAUAAAAGGGAUUUGUGCAAUUGUGAGUUAGAACACAUUUAAAUAAUUCUCCAGGAACACAAUCAUUUUCCCAUCUCCAAACUUCUAAUGUGCCAUGAGGCUGCAAGCGACUUGUAACAGUUUACUGUUAACAUACCAUAUUUGGCAAGACUUCCUCUUUUAUGUUGUGUUUUGCUGGAAAAUAAAUUAAAAGUCCCUAGGGUUGAACUGACGGGAAGAGAGAAAAAAAUGAACAGACCAAUGAGAGGCAGGAAACACUAUAUAAGCAGACAGAGAGUGGCUGAGGACACAAACAGAGUCAAGACACUUUCAAAGCAACUAUUACACACCAGAAAUACCCUCAGUAGACAUGAGACCAAUACCAAAGAGCAUGAAGGUUUUAUACUUUGCCAAAACAUCCGAGGAGCCUUUUGUAGAGAUCAUCACUGUAAAACCGGACAAGCGUCGUCUGAGUCUCUGUAGCUCCACAGACUCUGAAUUUGAGGAUCUGCUGCCAGUUUUAACAGACCAAAGUCAUAUUUUGCAGGUGCAUCAUCUUGAACGACUGAUGAAUCACAUUCCGGCACGGACUCAAGAGUAUCCAUGGAAAUUACUGUAUAGCACGACGGAGCACGGCACCAGUUUGAACACACUCUACAGACACAUGGCAGACAUAGACAGACCUGUUCUUCUGGUCAUCAAGGAUACAAACAACCAGGUUUUUGGAGCGUUCUCUUCCGACCCUUUCAAAGUGAGCAGCCACUGUUAUGGCACCGGAGAAACGUUCCUGUACAGCUUCUGUCCGGAGUUUCAGAUAUUCCGCUGGAGUGGAGAAAAUUCCUACUUUGUAAGAGGAUUCCUCGACUCGCUCCAGAUGGGAGGCGGAGGUGGAUACUUUGGCCUGUGGUUGGAUGCUGACCUGUAUCAAGGCUCGAGUUAUUCAUGCAGCACUUUCUACAACCAGCCACUCUCACUCCAUAAUGACUUCACCAUUCAGGAUCUGGAGGUGUGGACCUUCAUGUGAAGAGAAAUCAAGAAUCUUCCCAGCAUCGCCAAAGGCUUCAUUGCAACAAACCAUUCCAGCUCUGAAACUGCCGUAACUUGUCUCCUAACUGAAACAGUUACAGGUGGAUCAAGAAAACAGGUUGGGGCAGGAUUACCGUUUGGAGUUGCUAUUUUCAGUAACUGUACAAAUCCAGUCAAAGUCCACCUGACUGAAAACUGACAACACUGACAAUGCUGAAAACCAUUACUCAAGAUCUGUAAUGGUGAUUUAAAGCUUCUAGAGUAGCACAUAAAUUCACUCCUGGGCAUCGUGUAUUUAAAAAUGGACUAUUUAAGCUAAUCUUGUGUGUGUUAUUGAAAUCCAAAUCUGUCACUUUCUGUAUAAGGUUCUAUUUCAGUUAGGAUUCUGCCUAAGAAGGGAGCUCCCUAUGUAGGCUGUUUUGGAAUAGAGCUCUUGAGUACUACUGAGGAAAAGUCACUUUGUGUAUUGUCAGAUACUCAGUGUCUUCACUUUAAAAAUGCACUUAAUAGAGGACCAAUGGUUUACAUGUUAUACUACUAAUUGAUUUGUGUCCAGCAAUCAGAGCAUUGAUGAAAAAGGAUGUGAAAAUUAAAAAUGGAUGGGUGCGAUUUUACUACAAAUUACUGUAUUUUUGUACUGUAUUUAAAUAACUUGUUUGAACUAUGUAAAUUAGUCUGUUUUUUUAAAUGUUUAAACUAUUUUACUGACUAAGAUUGUGUCUGUAUUUCUCAUGCAGUGCUGGCAUUGCAUUUGUAAACCUUGAAACGUCUAAUAAAAAGCAUGGCUUUUG